AUCAACGGCUACAAGAAUCUGUGCCAACACGACCAGAUAGCCCUGAUGAAGGCCGGUUGCACCGAGAUCAUUAUUUUACGAUCCGUACAGACGUAUAAUUUUGAAAGGGAUUUUUGGUCGAUAGUGAAGGAUAGCAAGAAUCCCACCUUGAUCAAGUUGGACGCGCUCAAGCCCUCCCUCCGGCCCUGUAUUUUUGAGGCACACAAACGCUUUAUGGCACAGAUUGGCCACGAAUGGGACAACAAUCUCGAUAUUCUCAAUCUGUUGUCGACUAUUGUGCUCUUCGACCCAAACCGACCCAAUAUUAUUCACAAAGAUAUGAUUGCGUAAGUAUUUUCAAAGUACAUACUAUUGUUUAGCGACAGUAUUUUUUGAGUACAUUUGUG